UUUCGGCUGUCAUUUGGCCACUGUUUACAAGCAGUGUAUAGAAAAAAUCUGCCGCGUUAGGUCACAUUGCGAACGUGUGUCUGUCGAUUUUUUAGCGUACCAGGUCGAAAAUUAAACAAAUGGAAUAAUAAAAAUGUGCAAAGUGCCGUGUCAGUGAAAUUAAACACCAAAUCCCGAACAGUGCGUGUGUAAAAUGCCUUAAGAAGUGUAAUUUAUCGGAAGUGCAAUUGUAAGGCAAGCACAUUUUUUGAACGAGUCGUCAAGGGAAUCGCAAAAAUAGUUUACGGCAGCCAUUAGUCGGUUAGCAGAGACAAAGAUUUUCCCGUUGCGUGUGUGCUCGUGCAAUACUUCGUUCGGUCUCCCGCCGCCCGUUGUGCCAAUACAUCGUAUCUGAAGUGCAUGUGGAAGAACUGAGUGUACAAAACUAGCACGAUUACAUUUUUCUUGCCUUCUUUAUCGUACCUUUUCCAUUACAUUGUAUAUUUACAUGCCAUUGGCUUUUUUGGUGCUCGAGUUUGCUGGCGAUAGCACGCGUAUUAUUUUACAUAUCGAUUUGUGAGGUAAUGCAGCAGUACAAGUAGAGCGCUCAAUCAAAUUCAAAAGUGAAAAUUACACAUUUAAAUGAUAAAUUAUAAUAAUAUUUACAUUUGGCUAUAAACCUCCAGUGAAUGCAACCCUGCUUCGCGGAUUGAGAAACGUCAUAGGCGUCGACUCUCCGAUUAUCGGCUGUUUCGCUUUGUGUUGUUUUUUGUCAUUUUUUGUUUGUGCCUCGUCGCACUCCUCAACACGCAUUUCAUGAAGUUAUCCAACAAGUAACCAACAGUCCAUCCAAUCAGUCAUCCAUCCAAUUCGAAAUACUUUUAUGAUCGUUUCUUCGUGUGUGCCCGCAGCUUGUCAACCCACACACAGCUACAGCUGUUCGAGGUUGUUUUUAUUGUUUGCAUAUAUUAUUUAUAUCACUGAGCGAUAUAUUGGCAUACGCGUAUAAUUUGCAAAAAUUACAACAAAAAAAUGAAAAUAAUUUAAAACACAGAUUGUUAUGCGAAAAUUGGCGAAGAGAAAUAGCAAAAUUAUAUUAAUAGAAGUGUCAAAAAAGUGAAAAGAUUUAAAAAGUUGAAACCGCCUCCUCACCCCAUACAAAUUUGAUGCCUUUGUGGCGCUAUUUGGGUAUUAUUAAAUUAUGUGAAUAAGUGAAAAUAAAGAAACCGGAAAAGUAGUGAAAUAAAUAUUUGAAAGAUAAGAAAUUCAGUCGCUGUCCGCACUAUCUCACUUUCUUUUUCUAAUGUCUUUUCGUUGUUAAUUUCUAUGCGUUUAGUUUGCUGGAAACGUGUUGGUUUGGUGGAGGCGGCGUACAUUCGUGAUUAUAUGAAAUAUAUUGUCUAGAUAUAAAUACACAUGUACGUGAUACGAAAUUGAGUUGAAUUUUCAAAUAUCGCUGAUAUUAAAUAGAGGUAAAAUAUACGAAGAAUAAUUUAGUAUGUACAUACAUAUAUUGUAAAACAAUAACAACAAAACAUAUUAAAGCUGUUUGUAAAUAAAAGGGCAAACCAUUGUGGCCUAUAGAUCGAUAUAAUCCCGCUCCGCUGUUCAUAAAGCUACGUGCGUUUCCUUUGCGGUCCCGUCCUCAUCGUUAUAAAACUUCUCGACAAAAAAGAACUGCGGUUAAAAAAACAAACAAACCAACAGUGUGAUCACACCUUACUGAAUCUUAAAAUUUCAACUUAAAAUUUAAAAAAAUUAAAAGCAUUAAGUGUAUAGUUCAAAAGUUUUAAGCAAAGCAAUAUAUUGCAUAAAAUGAAAUGUGAAAUUCGGUUUAUAUUAUAAGCAGAAAAUAAAUCAUUAAGUUAAUAAAAACAGUGUAAAAUAAAAAAGUGUGAAAAAAUAUUUAUUAGUGAUUUUAGUGCUAAUAUUUUAAUCACUUUGUCAUUCCGUCAGUGGUUAUCAAUAAAACCGAUAGUGCACGUGAUCCGAUGAUGCACUACUCAAUGGAGAGGAGCCUAUCAGCUGGUGGGGCUGAUUCCUCCAUGCACAACAAUACCACCAACAACACUACUUCUACAACAACCCUCGCAAUGUCAGCUACGAAGAGCACAAAAGACGGCGUGACAAUGCGCGAAAAGAAGGGCGGCGCAUUGCAGAAGCUCAAAAAGAGGCUAUCGCACAGCUUUGGCAGAUUAACGAUAUCACGCGAGGAUGGCGAAGAUUCACAUCAUCAUCAUCAUCACCACCACCAUCAUCAUCAUCAUCGUGGAGGGCAUGGACAUAAUCACGGUAAUAAAGUUCCAUACAAUGGUUAUAAUUCCGAAGAAUAUCUGGAUCGUCUGGAACCAAAUGGGAAUAUACCAGCCGACAAGUCUAAUUGCAGAUAUGGAGCCCAAGAAACUGCAAUACAAGACAAAACACAAGAUAAAGACUGGCGUAGCACUGACAGCACCGACCACCAUGAGCGCGUCCAACGGCAAUUGUCCGUAUCAUCCGACAGCAAGUUGCUGGACGAAGACAUUCGAGAGGAGACACGCGUUAUUAUGCGCCCGAAAAAGCCGCCCAGACCCAAAUCGGAGGUUUUCCUCAACAAACAGGACCCGCACCCACGACGGAAACGGUUUAGCGCAUUUGGCGGCGACUCGCCAUUUGGAAAAUCGGAUGCCUAUAUAAAACUGGAACCGCUCGGUGAGGGCUCAUAUGCCACAGUAUACAAGGGCUUCAGCAAUUUAACUCAUCAACGUGUUGCAUUAAAAGAAAUUAGACUGCAAGAGGAGGAAGGUGCCCCAUUUACCGCGAUACGUGAAGCCUCGCUGCUGAAAGAACUGAAACACUCAAACAUUGUGACGUUGCAUGACAUUGUGCACACAAGGGAAACGCUGACGUUCGUUUUUGAAUAUGUGAAUACCGACUUAUCACAGUAUAUGGAAAAGCAUCCUGGCGGUCUGGAUCAUCGUAAUGUUCGUUUGUUUCUGUUUCAAUUGCUGCGUGGUCUCUCCUACUGCCAUAAGCGGCGCGUGCUGCAUCGUGAUGUUAAGCCGCAAAAUCUAUUGAUAAGCGAUUGUGGUGAAUUGAAAUUGGCGGAUUUCGGUUUGGCGCGCGCUAAAAGUGUUCCCAGUCAUACGUAUUCGCACGAAGUCGUUACGUUAUGGUACCGUCCACCAGAUGUUCUGCUCGGUAGCACUGAAUACUCGACAUCGUUGGACAUGUGGGGUGUCGGUUGUAUAUUCGUGGAAAUGGUCACUGGCAUGCCAACAUUCCCCGGUAUACGUGAUACAUAUGAUCAACUGGAUAAAAUAUUUAAAUUACUCGGCACACCCACUGAGGAGACGUGGCCGGGUGUGACACAUUUUCCUGGUUAUAAACCGCAUAAGUUAGGUUUUUAUCGACCCCGUAAACUAGGUCACAACUUUCCUAGACUAUAUGAUAUCGUUGAUGGUGAGACGAUAGCGAAUGCCUUCCUGCAAUUAAAUCCAGAACAAAGGAUAGGAGCUGAAGAAGCGCUGCAACAUCCAUAUUUUGCGCCGUUGCCGAGAAAACUCUACGAGUUGCCCGAUGAGACAUCAAUAUUUACCGUUGAGGGAGUGCACUUGUUUCCUGAACCGAACCGACAAAAUAAAUGAAAAUUAAAGCAGGUCCUUUCGGUGGAUGGUGUACGUUUCUAUUGUUAGCAGCAACAGCCAUAAAUAUUGUAAUUCUACUUUUUUACUGCAAACUUAAUAUUUUGUUCAACACUAUUUUCAACAGUACACAUUUCUUUAUUAUAAAUUUUAGUUGUAAUGCAAAAACGAAAGAAACAACAACAACUACACUUGAUUAAGUAAGACAAACAAAAAAUAGUUAAAUAUUUGAGAAAUUGUAAGAGAACACAUGAAACAACAAAAUACUAAGUAAAAGAACUAAAGUGACUAUGAAAAACCCAAAAAACCAACAACAAGCAACAACAAAAAACCACACAUACACACUAUGUAGCAAUGUAUAUACUUACUUACUUACAUAAAAUAUGAAAAUAAAAUUUAGAAAAAACAUGGAAAUAAAAACUUGAGAAUAUCACUUAGCAACUUAAACGAUUCAAUUAUAGACAUAAAAGUGAAAAAUAUAAACCAAUAACUAACAACUUAGAAGCAUAGCACGAAAAAUAUAUUUUUAACAUUUUAAUAGAAUUUGACAGUAAAUAGCAAAAAAUGAAAAAAAAAACAACGGCAAAAUAGUUUAAAUUCUUAGGCCCAUACAGUUAAAUAAAUUUAUUCAAAAAGAAAUGAACACAACAAACUCAAAAACAAGUACUAACGAACAAAUGUGAAAUUUAAGAAAGCAAAAUGUUUUAAAAGUAUUAAGAGAAACCGUAAAGCAGUGUCAAAUUUUGGAAUACAAACAUAAAAUAAAAACUGUAGUAAAAUAUGUCAGAAUUACAGAAAAGCAAAAUCAAUAGAUUUAAGAUAAACAGUAGGCAAACAGACACACUAAACUAAAUUCAACUCAAAAUACAAGAAUUAAUUAUCAUGAUUUAUAAAAAAAAUUAAAAAAAUUAAAAACUAUAAAAUUACAUAAUAUGAUUUACUUAGACUAUGAAAUAUACACAUUUAGAUUUUUUCUUGAAUCGAACACGUGCCUCAAGGUCCUCAGGUCCUCGGUAAGCACCUUCCCCUGCACGCAACGUUUGCUUGUUUUGGAUGCAGCAUAUCUAAUCUAAACUGCAUCCAUAUACAUAUUUACACGCUAUUAUUGGAGCGGAAGGGGACAGUCUAGGCAAGGGUCUUGGUGUAGACACCAAAUCGCAAAGAGUCGAUAAGCAAAAUUCAACACCAACUUUUAACAUUUGUUAAAUCGUAAAAUAAAUAGUAAAGUGAAAAUCGAAACAAAAUUUAUACUUAUUGUUGUAGUAGUUAUUAGCUGGCAAUUCGUAGUUGAUACAUUAAAUAGCGAAAACAAAUUCGAAAAUUCUUUAAAUACAUCGCAUGACACUACUUUUUGCUAUUUUGCGGGCUUGCAUGCAAGCGACUAGUAGCAGGUUCGUAUGCUUUGUGACUAGUCGCUCAUGCUAUGACUACUAAAGGUGAAAAAUAAAUCAACUAAGCGCUGAUUUUUAAAUAUGUCUUAGUGAAGAUACGAACAUUUUUCAAAACUAACCAAAUAAACUCGAGUUAUGCCACAGUAAAAC